AUGUCUGAUUUCAAAGUGCUUAAGGAUCAUCCAGAUGCUCAGGUAAUUGAAGAUGUCCUUCAACAGCUAUCCAACGAGACAGAUGCCCCCACGUUGGAGGUUUGUCUUUUAAUCAUCCAGCAUGUUAUACCAAUAUACCCUUCGUUAUCUAAACAUACAAGGGAUCUUACUCAAAGCUUAGUAAGUAGGUCUUUUACUUUUAUGUCACAACUGGUCAAUUAUGCAAGUACCGUUAUGAAGGAUAAACCCGAAGGUAAGUUAUACAGGAAUUUUAUUAAAGAAGUUCUAGCAACACAACCUGAAUGUCUGCAUAAUUAUUUAAUUCACAUGUCCUCCAGUAGAAUGGAAAAGAACUAUUUGAAAACGCUGUUUUUUGGGAGCAGGGUCUUUAAUAGCUUGGGUAACGAUAUUGAUAUUAUUGAAUACCUGGAACUUUUGAGAUCACAAUGGAAAUCGGUCUUAGAUGAUGAUAUUUUGAUAGAAACAUUAGUGUUGGAUUCUUUUUUGGGCGAACUGCUAGUAUCUUCACUUAUUUUAAACCCCACGUACGCAAUGGAUUUAUUAUUUGGUGAUUUAUUCCUAUCAACUGAGACCUAUGCAACAAUAUUAAACAAGAUAAUUUUAAAUGCAUCAAAUCUGGACCAACAACGAUUAGUAAACAAAUUUUUACUUCCAUAUCUGGAACCACUUACUAAUACUUCCAACUUUAAAAGUACUAACCAUAUAUUAAGAGAGCUUCCUUUACAUAAGUGCAUUACACUGGAUGUUAUAUUACGAAUGAAAUCUCAUAUUUUACAAGAAAUAAUAAUACGACAAAUGUCAGAAUUUGCCUCGAGUAUAAUUCCAUCACUCAUUUCCAAGUUUGGUACCUUGGAUGAAUCCCAAGAUGAAGACAUAUGCAUCAUUUUUGUCAUGGUUCUCAAAUUUAAUCUCAAUGAGGAACAGAGGGAACAAUUAGCUCAUGACGGAAACUUUUUAGAUGCCAUUACAAAACGUUUAUCACACAAGAAUUCUGAAUUUAGAGAAAGAACAAUGUUUAUUGCAAAACUUGCUUCCAAUAAUGAAUUAGAGUACGACAGUGAUUUUGUUAUCAAAUUGCCUGAUUUAGACAUCACCAACAAUGAGAAAAUUGAAAUUGAUCCGGCAUUGUUUAAAAGAUCUUCCAGUGGUGUAUCAGCUUCUAAGGUAAGCAGAAUAUCUUCGGGAUUUCAUGAAAUGGUAUUGCAAGAGGAUAGUGACGAUGAGGUUCAGGACGAUGAGCAAGAGAUUAUUAAUCGAAUUGUCUUUCUAAAAGACUUGGUCAAAGAAUUUGAGAAAAAUGGAAAUGAUGGUCCUGCUGAAUCCAUUCCGCUCUUAAAGAAGACAAUAACGUUGGUAAGACAAAAAGAACACUUUCCAUUGGAAGUGGAUUACUACUUUUCUGGUCUUCUUACCAACAUUGCAUAUUUAAAUAAUAACCUCGAAGAAUCAAAUUUUGAAGAGUGGAGAAUCAACGCAUUGGUGAGUCUUUUGGUAGUUGUCCCAGAAAAGGUUCAAGAACUCAUUAAGAUCUUUUUAAGUUCAGAAUUAUCACUUCAGCAGCGAAUGUCUAUUCUUUCAAGUUUGGGUCUUUCUGCACGAGAGUUACGAGGCAUGGACGACAAGGUGAUUACAAAGCCAAAAUUAGAUUUCCCAACUUCACGAUUACCUUGGGAUAAGAAGACAAAGGAACAACAUGAUAAGAAAAGAAUUACAGAGCUUGGAAAUUCAAAUUCCACACUUAUAGAAACCAAGACCACUUGGAAAUCUAAAAAAUUAACGUUAGCAGCAAAAGAGGAUAAACCAAACAGAUUUCGCGAAUAUGCAACUCUAUUCUUCUAUCCAUUGGCACAUAUUUGGCUGAAUGGGAUUGACGUUGGGACAUUUGAUGACCUCUUCAAGAACCAUUUCUUGACCACACUAAGGAUCAUCUACAUGUGUGCACACCCCGUUCAUGAUUAUGAAUCCAUGACCCAAUUAAUGGAACAGAUAAUUUACCAGGCUACGGAGCAAGGUGUAAUUCAACCUUCAAUAAAUACAUAA